CCUCGCCCUCGCCCCGCCCGCUCGCUCCCGCCGGCCGGUGGGAGCCGGAGGGACGGGAGAGGUGCGCUCCGAGGCCCGGCACACCGCCGCCGCGAUGGAGUUUGUGAAGUGCCUGGGACACCCCGAGGAGUUCUACAACCUGCUGCGCUUCCGGAUCGGGGGCCGGUGGAAGGUGAUGCCCAAGGUGGACCAGGACUCGCUCAGCAGCAGCUUGAAAACUUGCUACAAGUAUCUGAAUCAGACCAGCCGCAGUUUCGCAGCCGUUAUCGAGGCGCUGGAUGGGGAAAUGCGGAAUGCCGUAUGCAUAUUUUAUCUGGUUCUCCGAGCUCUGGACACUCUGGAAGAUGACAUGACCAUCAGUGUGGAGAAGAAGGUCCCACUGUUACACAACUUUCACUCUUUCCUUUACGAACCAGACUGGCGGUUCAUGGAGAGCAAGGAGAAGGAUCGACAGGUGCUGGAGGAUUUCCCAACGAUCUCCCUCGAGUUUAGAAACCUGGCUAAGAAAUAUCAAAUAGUGAUUGCUGACAUUUGCCGGAGGAUGGGAAUUGGGAUGGCGGAGUUUCUGGAUAAACAUGUGACCUCUGAAGAGGAGUGGGACAAGUACUGCCACUACGUUGCCGGGCUGGUGGGAAUCGGCCUUUCCCGUCUCUUCUCGGCCUCAGAGUUCGAAGACCCCUUAGUUGGUGAAGAUGAAGAACGUGCCAACUCGAUGGGCCUGUUUCUGCAGAAAACAAACAUCAUUCGGGACUAUCUGGAAGACCAGCAAGAGGGAAGAGAGUUUUGGCCUCAAGAGGUUUGGGGCAGGUAUGUUAAGAAGUUGGGGGAUUUUGCUAAACCAGAGAAUAUUGACCUGGCUGUCCAGUGUCUGAAUGAACUUAUCACCAACGCCCUGCACCACAUCCCAGAUGUCAUCACCUACCUUUCAAGGCUCAGAAACCAGAGCGUGUUUAACUUCUGUGCUAUUCCGCAGGUAAUGGCCAUUGCUACUCUGGCUGCCUGUUACAAUAACCAGCAGGUGUUCAAAGGGGUGGUGAAGAUUCGGAAAGGGCAAGCAGUGACUCUAAUGAUGGAUGCCACCAAUAUGCCAGCUGUGAAAGCUAUAAUAUACCAGUAUAUGGAAGAGAUUUAUCAUAGAAUCCCCGACUCAGACCCAUCUUCCAGUAAAACACGGCAGAUCAUCUCCACCAUCAGGACGCAGAAUCUUCCCAACUGUCAGCUCAUCUCCCGAAGCCACUACUCCCCCAUUUACCUGUCAUUUGUCAUGCUCUUGGCUGCCCUGAGUUGGCAGUACCUGAGCACGCUGUCCCAGGUCACAGAAGACUAUGUCCAGACUGGGGAACACUGAUGUGGAAUUGGUCUGGAAGCUGAGGUUCACCAGGAAAUGGAUUUACUUUUUCUUCAGGGAUGGAUGUUGGCUUCUUUUUGUUUUUCUCCUCCCAUUUUAAUCCCUAAAAGAACCCUGUGUGGCUGCAACCUUUAGGACACUGAGAGGCAGUUGAGAAGAAUGUAAGAUGAAAGGCUGCCUGCUCUCAGCUGCCUGAUACUUGGGGUGGUGACACUUCUGCUUCUUGUGCCAAUGGCAGUGUGUUCUAUGCUGCAGAUUAGGUGAAAUGGCUGCGUAUGGGACUGUCACGAGGUCUUAGUGUGAAUCCUGGCUGGAGUUAUAAUUAAAUGUAUUUAAUUUGAA